AUGUACCCGGCUGUCCUCUUCCUCCUCCUCCUCCUGGCCCCCUCCCUGCAGAAGGAGCGGGACUUCUACACCUUCAAGGUGGUGAAUAUCAGGGGCAAGCUGGUGUCUCUGGACAAGUACCGGGGAUCGGUGUCACUGGUGGUGAAUGUGGCCAGUCAGUGUGGAUACACAGAUGGUCACUACAAAGCGCUGCAGAAGCUCCAGCGGGACCUGGGGCCUUACCACUUUAAUGUCUUGGGAUUCCCAUGUAAUCAGUUUGGACAUCAGGAGCCAGACACUGAGCGUGAGAUUGACCAGUUUAUCAGGAAGCAGUACAAUGUGUCCUUCCCCAUGUUCAGCAAGAUAGCCGUCACCGGUAUUGGAGCCAAUGCUGCAUUCAAAUAUCUGACUGAGUCUUCCGGCAAAGAACCAGACUGGAACUUCUGGAAGUAUCUGAUUGGUCCAGAUGGUAAAGUGGUGAAUGCAUGGGGUCCAACCGUUUCCGUGGAAGAGAUUAGGCCACACAUCACAGAACUCGUGAGGAAGCUGAUCCUGAAAAAGAAGGAUGAACUAUGA